GGACGGAAGAAUCAAGCUUAAAAUUGAUACAUAUUACAAAAAUAGUCGUGUGUACAUGUAGACUAUAAUGUCAUUUGCAGGAGUAUUACGUAUGUAGAUAGGUCAAUAAUGAUGUAUCCGGAAUAUGAUGUUAUUUACUACGGAGUCCGGAUAAUGAUGUUGAUUGACGAGUCAACGAAUCAGCGGCAUAUAUGUAUAUCCGGAAUCUGCCUUUCACAUUGCUUUGAAUGAUUCGCAAGAAGAUACGGUUGAUCCAGCCCCGCAUUCAUCGGUGGACUGGAUAUUCGUACGAGAAUCUUCGUUAUUCCCCCGCCAUAUUAUAUAUACACGGGCAAGCGCAGCUAUGUACGCAUAACUCGAUCGCAUAGGCUGAAGAGAUGAGUGCGAGAAGAAGGAGCUGCUGCUGCUGCGUUGUUCUGGGAUUGAUUCUCAAUGCUUCUAUCCUAUGCAGCGCCGGAAUCACCAGCAGCUUCGUCCGUAAUGUCGAGAAAGCUGUAGAUAUGCCUCUCCACAGUGAUGUCUUCCGAGUUCCUCCUGGAUAUAAUGCUCCUCAACAGGUUCACAUCACACAAGGAGAUCAUGUGGGGAAAGCAAUAAUUGUGUCAUGGGUCACUGUGGAUGAACCGGGUUCGAAUACUGUGCUGUACUGGAGCGAAAAUAGCAAACUCAAGAAACAGGCCAACGGGAAAAUGACAACCUAUAAGUUCUCCAAUUAUACUUCUGGUUACAUUCACCAUUGCACCAUAAAGAAUCUUGAGUAUAACACCAAAUACUACUAUGAGGUGGGGAUCACACACACACGUCGAACCUUCUGGUUCAUGACUCCUCCAGAAGUUGGGCCUGAUGUUCCAUAUACUUUUGGACUUAUAGGGGAUCUUGGGCAGAGUUUUGACUCGAACAAAACACUCGCACAUUAUGAAUCAAAUCCAGCUAAAGGGCAAGCGGUUCUGUUUGUUGGUGAUCUCUCUUAUGCAGACAAUUAUCCAAACCAUGACAAUGUGAGGUGGGAUACAUGGGGUAGGUUUGUCGAGAGAAGUGUUGCCUAUCAACCUUGGAUUUGGACUGCUGGAAAUCAUGAGAUAGAUUUCGCUCCUGAAAUUGGAGAAACAAAACCUUUUAAACCAUAUACUCAUCGGUACCGUGUUCCCUAUAAAGCAUCAGGCAGUACUUCUCCUUUAUGGUAUUCAAUAAAGAGAGCUUCAACAUAUAUCAUAGUUCUGUCCUCAUAUUCAGCAUAUGGAAAGUACACUCCUCAGUACAAAUGGCUGGAAGAGGAGCUGCCUAAAGUGAACAGGAGUGAGACACCAUGGUUGAUUGUUCUUGUGCACUCUCCAUGGUACAACAGCUAUAACUAUCACUACAUGGAAGGAGAAACCAUGAGAGUCAUGUACGAGCCGUGGUUUGUGGAGUUCAAAGUUGACAUUGUUUUAGCCGGUCAUGUUCAUGCUUAUGAACGCUCGGAGAGAAUAUCCAAUGUGGCGUACAACAUUGUGAACGGAAAUUGCAAGCCUGCACGUGACCAAUCUGCCCCUAUAUACAUUACUAUUGGCGAUGGAGGAAAUCUUGAAGGUUUAGCCACAAACAUGAGUGAACCACAGCCGGAGUAUUCAGCUUUUCGUGAGGCAAGUUUUGGACAUGCCACUCUUGAGAUCAAGAACCAGACUCAUGCAUACUAUAGCUGGCAUCGAAAUCAAGACGGGUGGGCUGUAAAAGCGGAUUCAAUGUGGGUCUCGAAUCGGGUUUGGCAUCCGGUUGAUGAUUCUACAACUGUCAAAUUGUGAUUCCACAUUACAUUUGAAUCAAUGUGUAAACUCACUGAUUAUAGUUAAUUAUUAUAACAAACUUCACAUUCGAAUGAAUAAUACUGUUUAAAAUGUUUUGCCAAAAAAAUACUGUUUAAAAUGCAUUGGGUGCACUUUGUCAUGAGAAACUGUGCAUUGAGUCCUAAAUCCAAAUGAGCCUACUUAUAUUUCUUUGG